CCAUUUUGGCUCGAGCCAUUUUGGCUCAGAACAUUUUUGGCCGGCCGCACCAGCCUUCCGGGGACUGGCGGCGGCCCGGAUGCCGCUACAGGCCAGAGACAGCGUCGCAUCUCCUUCGGGCUCUGGCUUGAAGAGCGUGGUGACAGAUUCGCUCACGCCGCUGGGAGACUUUGGCACAGUCUGGAGGGAUUUUUUUGCUCCUCUACUGUCGGGCUGCUGCAAGACCCGCCGAAGCAGUUUGCGCUGCGCGAGUCCGCGUGCGCCAAGGAGUCGGAGAACGUCUUCACGGUCACCAAGCUCCUCGACGGCAAGGUGCUCCAGAAGCUGGGCAAGGGCUCCGUCAGCGGCCAGGACGAGGAGAGCGUCGUCAAGUACGUGGCAGACCCACCGCGGGGAGUAUCCAGGCGGAGACCUACGGCAAGGGCGGGCAGCUCCGCGACAGGGAUUGGUGCGUCUUGCACAGGGACGGGCUCCGCCUCGAGUGGUGGGGCGAGACGCCCGGCGCGCGCAAGAGCGGCACGGCCAAGGCCAAGCACCUCCAGGGCAUCCUGGCCGCCGUCCUCGAGCGGGCCCGGCCGGACGGCGGCAGGGCGGCGGCGCAGGUGGCCCCAGACGCCGCCUCCCCGGGCGGCUCGGGGCGGAAGAGCGCCGUGUCCAGCGUAUUGGACUCCCCUUGGGGACAAAUUCCUGGACUUCGAGACGCUGUGGGGCGGCUGCGUCGAGGAGUGCAAGGCCGGCGCGGAGGUCCAGGCCACCUCGGCCGAGGAGUUCACCUGCGCCUUCGUCAAGGAGACACCGCGAAGAUCACGGUGA